UUGGGUAUUGGCCCAGUUUCAAUGCUUCGAGCAACCGAGCUCUCUCUCUCUCUCUCUCUCUCGACAAAAACCCUCGGCUUCCUUCUUAACUUUUCUUUGAUCCCGAUUUCAUCAAGGUUUGAGGUUUUAUCUAAUUGGUUGAUAAUGGGCUCUAAAAAUUGUGAAGUAUGCAAAGGGGCACAAUCCAAAUACAAGUGCCCCACUUGCUUUAUCCCUUAUUGUUCCAUGGUGUGCUUUAAGAAGCACAAAGAUAUCCCUUGUGAAAAGCCUGUGCCUCCUUCAGAAGAACCACCUAAGCACUCUGACACCUUAAAAGAUAUAACUGAUGUUAUAGUUUGUGCAGAAAGGUUGCAGGAAAUAGACGAUCCAAGUUGUGUUCUCAGCAAAGAACAACUAGAAUCCAUAGUGAAGUCAAGUGAGAUCAGAAGUUUCUUAGCAGAUGUCAACCUACAGGAAAUGAUACAGAAAGUGGACAGCUCCCAAGACCCAGAAAAUGAACUGGAUAAAGCCAUGGGAGACCAGACAAUUCUCCAGUUUACAGAUAAGGUGCGGUCUGUUAUCAACCCAGAAGAGUAAGUUCUCUAGCUGAUAGCUGAUUUCAAAAGAAGAGUAAGUUCUCUAGCAGGUUCGGUCUAUUAUCCAAGUCUUUUGAACAAUCUUUUUCGGCCAUUCGGUAUAGAAAAUUACCCCAUGUAAAAUCUUCAUGAGCUCACUAUUGCAAUGGAUGAAAUUGUGCACGUAACCUUAUUCUACAGGGAGAGAUGACGAGAAUUAUGUGGUCCC